GGAGAGGGGCUGGCUUUGGGGUUAUUUCACUGAAGUGAACGGAAAGGGCUCGAUGAAGUUUUCCUGAGGAUGAAAAACUGUUUUAGCUGAAAUUCAGAGUGAGAGCAGUGGUGGGGAAGGCUGAGCUCUCAGCAGUCCUUACUUCACACAGGUUUUUAAAGGUUUCUCACUCUGCAGUGAACGAUAAGAGUGGCGCUGCUGUUUCCAGGAGCUCUGAACCGAUGGAGCUGAGCGGUGACAGUGGUGACACUGCCCUGAGCAAACCCUGCCCGCCAGGGUGGGCGAGCGCUCUGAGCCGGGGCUGAGCCCGGCGGUGGCUCCGGGACAGCCCCAGGUGGGCUCAGUGAACCCGGCCGGCGGAUCUCAGCGUGAGCCAGCAGGGUGUGGAUGUCUGGGCACCCCUGAAUCACUCCUGCAUCAUCGCUGCGCCCACAGCACCUCGUGUGCGGGCGAGGCAGCUGCGAGCUCAGAGCCUGCGAGGAUCGGGCAGAGCUCAGAGCCCGCCGGGGACACCGCGGGGACACCUCGGGGACACCUCGGGAACACCGCGGGGACACCUCGGGGACACCUCGGGGACACCUCGGGGACACGGGGACACUGUGCUCCCGCAGUCUCGCUGCAAACUCUUCCCCAGGUGUGUCCGUGGCCGAAUGGAGCCUCGCUGCCAGCUCUGGCCAUGGGCACUGUGUGUGCUGCUGGCUGCCCCAGGGCUCCUGGGAGCGCAGGGAGCCUGUUCCCAGGGAGCCUGCUACCCUCCCCCGGGGGAUCUGCUGCUGGGACGAGCCCCUCACCUGAGAGCCUCCUCCACCUGCGGCCUCAGCAAGCCCGAGACGUACUGCACACCCCAUGGCCAGUGGAGCAUGAAAUGCUGCAGGUGUGACUCGAGGCUGCCCCACAGCUACAGCGGGCACCGCGUGGAGAACGUGCUGUCCUCGGCCGGCCGCGCGCGCUGGUGGCAGUCCCAGAACGGCGUCGAGCGCGUGUCCCUGCAGCUGGACCUGGAGCAGAUGUUCCAGCUGGACGGCGUCGUGCUGCACUUCAGGUCACCGCCCGCAGCGAUGCUCCUGGAGCGCUCGGUGGACGCCGGCAGGACGUGGCAGGUGCUGCAGUACCUGGCCUCCGACUGCGCCACCGCCUUCCCCCGAGUGCCCCGCGGCUCCCCUGAGGGCUGGCAGGACCCCCGGUGCCAGGAGCUGCACGGGCACCCCCUGCACGGGGGCACGGUGAAAUUCAGUGUCCGAGACCUGGGGUCUACCAUCAGCUCCUCUUACAGCCAAGCCAUCGAGAAGCUGGGGCCCUUCACCAACCUGCGCAUCAACUUCACGGCGCUGCCCCACAUCCCACGCCAGGGCUACCACUCGCCCAGCACCUUCUACGCCGUGACAGAGAUGCAGGUGCUGGGGAGCUGCUUCUGCCACGGCCACGCCGAGCGCUGCGCCCCUGCGGGGGACCAGCACAGCACGGUCCCCGGGCACUGCGUGUGCCAGCACAACACGGCGGGGCCGCACUGCGAGCGCUGCGCCGCCCUGUUCAACGCCCGGCCCUGGGCACCCGCCGAGGACAGCGACCCCCGCGCGUGCCAGCGAUGCGACUGCAAUGGUCACUCGUCCUCGUGCCACUUUGACCCCGAGCUGUACCAGGCCAGCGGCGGGGCCAGCGGGGGGGUGUGUGACAGCUGCCAGCACAACACCGAGGGCAACAACUGCGAGCGCUGCAAAACCAACUAUUUCCGCAACCCGCGGCGGGAGCUGAGCCACCCCGAGGCCUGUCUGCCCUGUGAGUGUGACCCGGAUGGCGCCGUGCCCGGCUCCGUCUGUGACCCGGGGACAGGGCGCUGUGUCUGCAAGGACAACGUGCAGGGCGAGCGCUGCCACCUCUGCAAGCCAGGCUUUGCCCAGCUGGCCGCUGCCAACCCCGCUGGGUGCCGCAGAUGCACCUGCAAUGCCCUGGGCACGCGGCAGGACACGGCGCCCUGUGACAGCGACACCGGCAGCUGCUUCUGCCUGCCCAACGUGGUGGGCAGCGACUGCGGGCAGUGCGCGGCCGGGCACUGGGGGCUGGCUGGAGGGCAGGGCUGCCGGCCCUGUGCCUGCCACCCCCGUGGUUCCCACAGCCCCGACUGCAACCAGUUCACAGGACAGUGCCCGUGCAGGGACGGCUUCACAGGACAGACGUGCUCAGCCGUGGGGCAGCAGCAGUGCCCGCCCCGGCACUACAGGGAUGCUCAGGGAGGGUGCACAGAGUGUGACUGUGACUUCCAGGGCACGGAGGAGCUGGGCUGUGACGUGGCCACGGGCCGGUGCCUGUGCCGGGCCGGGGUCAGCGGGCCACGCUGUGCCCAGUGCCAGCGGGGCCACUGCAGCCCCUUUCCUGGCUGCCAGCUGUGCCACCCCUGCUUCCUCAGCCACGGCGGGGACAUCGAGCGCCUGCGCCAGCGCCAGGCCGGCCUGGCCAACGCCACGGCGCGGCUGCCCGCGGGCACGGGGGGCUCCCGGCUCGGCCCCCGCCUCUCCCAGGCGCAGGAGAGCCUGCAGCGGGCACAGGGCAUCCUCAGCCACCCCUCGGGGACCCCGCAGGGCCUGGCACAGGCGGGCAGCACGCUCCAGGCCAUCAGGGAGCAGGUCCGAGGCAUAAAUCCCGACCUUCAUUUCCUGGAUGACACUGCCUCCCUAUCGAGGGAGCUGGAGGCCCUCAACAGCAGCUUGGUUGUCACCAGCUCGCAGUACCAGAGCAAGAAGAGCCAGUUUGAAAGCAGCCGCAGCAGAGACGUGUCAGGAGCCUUCCAGACCAUCCGCUCUGCCCACCAGAGCUCCAGCAGCGCCGCCAGCCUGGCCACGGGUGCCCCGGGGCUGCUGGCCCAGGCCAGGGAGAGCCACCGCAGCGCUGUGGGGCUGCAGGGGGACCUGGCUGGGGACACGGCCAAGCUGCUGGCCCUGAAGGGAGAGCUGGCCUCAGCCCCCGACCUCACCCCUGUCAUCAACCAGGUGUGCGGAGGGUCCCGGGCGGAGCCGUGCACCCCUGCCCGCUGCCAGGGGCUGCUGUGCCCUCGGGACAACAGCUCUGGCUGUGGGGCUGGCCAGCCCUGCCACGGCCUCCUCCCGCUGGCCAGCGGGGCCCUGGCUGCGGCCGGCCGAGCGGCCACGGAGUUCAGCAGCCUCAGUGCCCGGCUCCAGGACACGGCACAGCUGAUUAAGACGACAGAGCUGUCAGCGAGUCAGAUCCAGAGCAGCACCCGGCGGCUGGUGGAGCAGCUGGGGGUGACCAGGACGCAGAUCCAGGGGGACGUGCAGCGCGUGCGGCAGCUCCUGCAGCGAGUGCGGAGCUUCCUGGCAGACAAGGACACGGAUCCUGCCGCUAUCCAGGAAAUCAGUGAGUCAGUUCUCUCCCUGCGGCUCCCCGCGGACGCUGCUGCGGUCCGGAGGAGAAUGACCGAGAUCCAAAGGCUGGCGGCGGAGCUGCAGUGCCCGGAGGACAUCCUUGCCCAGACGGCCGAGGACAUCGCCAGGGCCAAGAGGCUGCAGCAGGAGGCAGAACAGGCCAGGAACCGGGCAAACGCCGUGGAGGGCAGCGUGGAGGAGGUGCUGGGCAACCUGCAGCGAGCCAACAGCGUGCUGCUGGAGGCCCAGGGGGCCCUCAGGGGCUCGGGCUCCUCGCUGCGCUUCAUCCAGGAGCGCGUGGAGGAGAUCGAGGCUGUCCUGGGGCCGGCAGAGAAGCACGUGGGGGCCGUGGGGCCGGGGCUGGCGGGGCUGGCAGGACGGCUGGCCCAGCUGCAGCACAGCGCGGCCCAGAACCGCCUGCGGGCCGGGGACACGCGCGACGCAGCGGCCGCGGCGGCACGGCAGGCUGGCAGCGUCCAGCAGGCUUUUGCGCAGGUGAAGGAGCUGUACUCGGAGCUGCAGAGCAGGAUGGAGCAGGGCCUGGCGCUGGGGGAGCAGGGCAGCAGGGUGCAGAGCAUCGGCCGGGAGGCACAGGCUCUCUUCCAGGAGACCAUGGCCAUCAUGCUCAGGAUGCAAACUUUAGAGUCAGAAAUUCGGGAAGGCAACGAGGCUCUGGUGUCCAGGAUGUCGCGGCUGUCGGGGCUGGAGGAGAAGGUGGGAAGGAUCCGGGACAACAUCAAGAGGAAAGUCAACUUCUACGAGAGCUGCUCCUGAGCAGCCCCCGUGCUCCAGGGCAUCGCUGCCUCCUCUGCACACACCGGCUGCUGCAUUCCUUCCCAUUUCCCAGCUGCUGUGCUCCUCUGCCCAAUAUCCCUAUUUUUAGCAAGUUAAUUUUCCAUACCUCUGGAAAACAGCUUCCCUGAACUACAGAAACAACCCCAUGGAGUGGGUUGGACUGGCCAAAGCUGCCCAGUGGUUGGAGGAAAAAGGGGAGAGACAUCAGGCUCCCAUGGCAAAUAAACACAUCCCCAGGUUGUUAUUUCCACAGGGAUUUAUAAACCAGGAAAUUAUUUUUUUCUUCUUCUAGCCAAUUCAAGCCCUUUAAGCUGGAUUUCACUGUUCAAAUUAAAGCCCUCCUGUGGGGUCUUCUAAAGCUUUUUAUCUGUGCUGCAGUUAAUUCUUCAAACAUGCCAUAGCUUCAGUACUUCCCUCAGAGAUCUUUCUUCAAAUAAGCAGAUCAGAGAAAUGGAGAAUUUUAUCUCCCUCUGUACAACAUACCUAUAUUUAUGCAAAUUAGAGAAACACAGGCUCAUAGUGGAAGGUGAAGUCAGAUGUCUUGUUUGAUUUUCUGCCACAAUCUGCUUAUUUACCACAGAACAUUUUGCCAGAAAAACACCAGCGGGGGCAGGUCUGGGAUGCUCAGGGGAAGCUUUAGGAGGGACUUAACAGACCAUUUCCACAUCAGAUUUCUAUGAAUAAACAAGAGGCACUUUACAAAACAAAUCUCAGCUUUAUUAAGCAAGUGUUCAUUGUGCAAUUACAGCCUUGGAAGCGGAGCUCAGACCUUGCUGUGUUAUUGUCAGACACAGGGAGGUUUCUUGCAGGUUUGUCUCAGUGAGGGCUGAGCAGCCUGGGCAGCUGGACUCGAGUGCCAAAGGCUGGGACUCCCCAAGGAGAGGGUGAGGGCUGUAAAAACCACGGGAGUGAAGCUCUGCAUGGCUUUGGUUUAUGGGGAUGAUGUGCAGCGCGUUUGUGCCUCGACAGCUCAACAGGGAACAGAAAACAGAAGCUCGCAGCACUGAUGAUGCUCUAUGGUAAUGUACACUGGCUGUGGGAGCAGGAGCCCCAGGCCUUCCCUCGCCUCCUCCCAGCUGGAAUGAUCCAGAAACACCCGAGCAGUGAUGGAUCCUGGCACUGCUGUGCCCUGUCCCCAGCUGGACACUGCUCUCCAGAGCUGCUCAAGGGGCAGAGCCUCCUUUCCUGCUCACACUGGCCGUGUCUGCCUCUGGAGUGCAGAAAAGAGUAAAAGAGCCCUUCUGGUUCUGCAAGAGAGAGAAUUCCAGUCCUGCUCAAACGAGCUCAUCAGCAGAGACUGGCACAGGACAUGAGAGGAGGGAGCUCACUUGAUGUCGCUUUUGAGGAGAGCUCUGCCAGCAGGAGCUCACCUUUGGGAUAUUUGGAUCUAACAGCAAAGCUUCUCGCUGCUCACAUCCAAAGUGGUGCAAAUGAUAACAGGACUGAGCCAAGCUGUGGUCAAACAGGAUCAAACCUGCAUCAUUUCACUCUGCUUUACAAAAUGAGCAUCUCUGGGCUCUGCUCACAGAGACAUUCAAGCCUGCCAGGGCCAGGUCUGGGCAGGAGAUGUGCUGAGCUCUGGGCCUGCAGCUCUUGUCAGCCCCUUGCUCACAGCUGAGAGCCGGCUGAGCAGCCUCAAUUCCAGCUGAGGGACAGGUCUGCAUCAGCAUUUCCCCCACAAAAUCACUGUGGAGUUUGGUAUGACAAAGCCCUGCUUGGCUUCCUCUCUGACAUUCCUGGGCAGCCUGGAGGUGAUGUAAAAGCUGGGUUCCGAGUCAGUGGCAUGGCCCUGAUGGAAGCUGAGCUGACUCAUUGCUGGAGAGGUGGAGGGUUUGGGGAAAGGCUUUUUCUCUUGCAAAAACCCGGGUUUGUUUAUUUAAUGUACAGUCACUGUGCUAUCUGUGCCUUUCCCUUUUGCCUGCCCUAAUUGGAUUAAUUAAGAGCAGCUGAUGAUUGGA